AUCUAAUGUCAUGAAGGUAUCGGACGUGUUUUCUCGGUAGCUAAGCGAUAGAGCGGGCACGGUAUUUGGAACCAUAAUACAGACAGCAGAAGCAGCAUCGAUACCAGCACCGUAUCCUUCGCAAAACGCAAAAGUGCCGGAAGAGGCAGUGUGCUUCGUCUCGUGAUAUUAUUUUGACCGUUGGGUUAAAACGGCGGAAUUGUGUGUUUUUGGUGUUCGUGUUGGUUCUGUUCAAGCAUUGGUGCAAAAUGUUGAAAACCCUACCAAUUAGAGACGGCGGCCGAAAGUCUAGCAGCGACAGUGUGAACGGUUGUGAAAAUGCGAAGAAAACUGCCGGCUCUCUAGCGGUCGUGUGCUCGCGGUUUAUGUCACCUUCGCCGUAGUGAUUGUGUAACCCAAAAUGUGACUUUCGGUGCCACACAUUAGUUGGAAGAACAUUCAAGACGUGCGAGAACACGACGAUGUAGGAGGGGGAUACUAAUUUCCAUCCUCCCGGACUCGUGCAGCAGGAAAUGGGAGAACGAACGGCAAACGGAAUGAAGCAAUCGAUUUUCCAACUUUGUGAAAUACCUGAGACAUCGGAAUGUUUUCCUCAUUUUCCUUAUUUUCAUCCCGCUCACUUCCGCAAAAUGCUCCCCCUUUUGUGGGGAGAUACUGGGAGGACUUGUUUAUACGGCAUUUCGCUCAUCUGUGCGGCCUAUUGCCGAGAGCCCAGACCGGGCGGGAGGGCUGAUUGAAAUCACCGAUACUGAUCAGAAAACAAGCUUCCUGCUACCCCGGCUCCACUAUCCCCAGCACCAUCACCAGCAUUAAAGAUGGUGGUACAAAGGUCUGGGCAAAAUGGUCUUCCACUCCCCGCCUGCUGCGAUGGGCGCUUUUGUUGUGCCGGGGAGAGGAGGAUUUGCUUGCUGCGAUGUUGCAAUAACAUUUGACCGACUGAAAACUCAUAAUCCGCGCCGGAAGAGAAGCGAUUGCCGAAGAUGUGUGUGUGAAAUGUUUAAAAAAAACGGACCUGCUGCAAUUCCUGCUGCAACUGCAUUUAAAGCGCGUUUAGCACGCGGUAUUACAUUGUUGUACAGUUGAUAAGUGAUUAGUGGUGGUGGUGGUCGGAGGGUUGUUUGUUUUCCGUCCGUUUUGCAAUGUCGUGUAAUGGUGCGAGCAAAUCGAGCGUUUGCUGCGGUAGGAUGUAAAUUAGCAGAGCAAGCGAAGAGAGGUACAAAACGCAGCCCCACUGCGAGCAGCGAGGCAGUGUUUUUCCAUUCCCUUUUGAUGUGGCGCUGAGGUUAGAUUGUUCUGGCACAUUUCCCCCGGCUGGCGCUACUUCCAGUGGAAAAGCCCCCUUACUUUGGCAGAACGUUUGGUGGCGUGUGCGAGCGACCAUUGCCCACACCAUUGUGUUGGUGGUGGUCGUAUGAGAGAAAACUGUGCGAGGAGAGUGCGGAAGGAGAGCGAGGGGAGGGUUGGGGGGAGAAUGCAUUUUCCCGACCCGUUAUUACAUAACAGCUGAUCUCGUGCAUAACACAUUCUCGCCCCUUUCUCUCUCUCUUUCUUUCUUUCUAUCUCACCUGCUUGCCUGCUCUUUCUCACACACAGCUACAAACACACACACACAUAUGCAUAUAUGCUCAUUUGGCUAGCAGUUUGCUCUCUAUCGCUCUUUCCGUGUCGUUCUUGAGCGAGCACAUUGACUUUCCCGGCCUUUGAGAUGAUGGGAGGGCGGUUGGGAGAGGAAUUUUCCCAUUCAUCGUAGUAGUAGUAGUAGUAGUGGUAGUGGUAGCUUUCCAUACGGUGGCCAAUGUUUUUCUUCGAUUUGCUCACACAAACAAGCACACCCAUCAACACGGUUACCGGAGCCGGAGAAAAUGCGUGUUUUGUCAUUCGUCAGUUUGUCGUUACCGUUACAUACUUGGAUUAUUUUCAAUCCGGCACUCGCGGCGGAGAAGAAAACGCGCAAAAGAACUUUCUUGAAGGUUUUAACGUACACGGGUUUCUUUUUAUUGCACCGUACGACAAAAUUCACCGACAAAAAAAGAAGUGUAAAUCGUGCUUGCGAACCAACUGCACCAACUGGUCGAAGCAGGCCUACUUUUCCCACCGUACCUUAUAGAGGGAUAUCCCUUGUGAGCGAACAGGAAGUCGAACAUCGAUUGCAAACAUCGGCCGACCUUACCUUGCACCCACAUUGCUCCAAUCCUCUGUUCCUGCAACAACAAAAAAUGCACGAACAACGAAAAAAGCCAGCGGAACGAGCUAGAAGGAUGGCGAGGAAUUGAUUGCUUAAUUUAUCCCAACCCCGAGUGUGUGUGUGUGUAAGAAAAGAAAAGAAAAACACCCAAUCACAAAGAGAACACAUUUCGCAAUUGCACACACACACACGUAUACAGGCAGCAAAUGCGUUCCUCGUCAUGCCGUCUUGCCCGUAUGCACCGCUGCAGCUUGCUUCAAACGAAGAAAACGGUUUUCUUGGGCGAGUGGCAAACCCUCUAAGUGCACAUUUUUGGCAAUCCCAUGCACUUGCAGCGAGUUGCACCCAGCGAGAGGACGGUGAGCAUUCCCGGCGAUCGAGAGUAGUUGUAGCUGCGCGAUCGGUGAAGAAUGUCACCGCUUUCCUUCCCUGCGCUCACUCACUCGAGGCCAAACAAACAAUGUAGCUGUGAUAUACUUAAUGUAGUUGUGCUGAUGGUGAUGCUGUUUGAAUGAACUGAACACAGCUCAUCCGCGUUCUAGGUUCGCGCAACCAACCAAAAAGCACAAUCAUAACUAGUUUCGAGUGUACAUGUGAGUGUGUCAGUGUGUGCGUUUGUAAGUUAACCAGAGAGAAAGAGUAGUAGUGUUCUAGAAGCUAGCCUGACCAUCCCUAUCGAACUCCACCCAUCAACGCUACCAAUAACUCCACCGAAACACCAACUCUGGUGACCCAAAACAUCUCCAAAACCGUGCAAUAGUGUACAUGCCCCCCGAUCUUCCUUUUCCCGUACGAGCAAUUCCAGACCGAAACCCUCCGAUCGAGCUUUGAAUGAUUCUAUCCGAUCACGACCCGCAAGCCGACAGCACACAUCGUUCAAGAUAGCACCAGAAACUGUCCGGAACAGUGCGAGAAGACCCGUGUUACCCAUCGAAAGGGGAAAAGCAACGAGAGCAAGAGCCCUAACAAGCCCACCGGCACCAGUUUGAAGGACACCUCGGGUCGUCCCCAGUGAGGCGAUGGCGAAGGGUGCAAAAAGGAAGACCAAAUGGGUGUCCUUGUCGCUGGCCAACGCAAACACCAAAACCUCGAAUGCGACCGGCUCGGAUAGCGAACAGACGCAGGUCCACCAUCACCAGCAACAGCACCAUGGAGAAGGACACAGGCACAAAAUGCACAAUGGCGCUACUAGUCUAGCUGCAAAGGUCGGAAAAGAGUUUGCACCUAGAACUGAUGUAAUAAUAGAGGAGCAGCAGCAGCAGAAGGAAAUGCAAGGAAAUGAGCGAGUGCAGGAGCAAAGUGGGCAUCGAACCGACACCAGCACCGGCAGCGACUGUGUGGCAGGCUCGGAACGACGUCCCAUCGGUUCCUACCACAGACGUCGACCUCCUCCGUACAACAACUCGCGAACCAGCUGGAGCGGAGGAGCGGCGUCCACCGGAUCGAACAAUGGCCGCAGCGGCCAUUACCACCGUAACGGUUACUAUGGUAAUGGGGGUGGAUAUUAUGGCGCGGGCAAACGGUCGCACUACGAGCACUACCCACGACGGCAGCAAACUUCGGCCAGCACGAACAGAACGACCUCCGGCGAGGGAGGAGAAACAGGAGGAACUACGAUUAACGACGAUGAGUACACCCGAAUAACAACCCCGCGACAGGACGUGCUCUUCAAGAAGGGCUACCUGUCCCGUCCGAAGCCUUCGGUCGCGACGGCCAGUACGUCGAACACGGGCUCCAGCUCGAUCGCGGCCACCACUAGCGAGGGCAGCGAUGGGAACAACGGAGGCAGCAACAGCAUUUCCACGACGGAAUCCAUCACGUCCGAGUACGGUGGGUCGUAUGCGGCCGACGGCAGCCAGCUGAUUGACUAUUCCUACCCGUGCAUUCCGUGCGGCUACUUCACGGAGACGGGCGUACUGGUGAUGAAUGGUUUUGCUGUAGACAACAAUGGCUUUUCGUACUUUAACGGUGGCCAGACGUACAUCUACCCACCGAACUACAACAACUGCCAACCGUCACCGCCGACAGACACGACGUCCGCCGGGGACCAAACGACGGAUUCGAUGCUUUACGCAAAUGACAAUGCAACGGACGAAACGAACGCGAACGAAUCGACUGAUCUGCUGGAUGGAUCGUCUCCGAACCAUGCGCCACCGGUCGGUGAUGUUGAGGCUGUGGCGCAGUACGAAAGCAACAAAGCUGCCGUUGGCGCUUACGGUGAGUGCGGUGACACCGCCGGUGAUGGCCAGUUCUACGCGAACGGUGCCCUUCCCACGCUGGAGCAGGUGCCGGAAGAGAUCAUUCCGAACGGCGAACCACAGUUGGCCGGGGAGCUGAUGGCCGCUGAUGCUGCUGCUGCUACUGCUGCUUGCGCAGUGUGUGACGUGCAGGAGCCGCAGGACUACUCGGAGAAUGGGUUCUUCCCGUACACGAAUGGGUACGAUUUCGCUCAGUUCUAUAAUUCGCUUUGCUAUCCCAACUGGUUCAUGGAUCAGUGCCGCAUGUAUGAUGAUGCUGGUUUACCAUUAUACUGCGGUGGCGAGUACGCUAUGACAAACGAGGAGGUCUACGGACAUCAGCCGAGCUUUAAGAAGCGCAAAAAGCGGUUCCGUACCUUUGAGGAGAUGCCAGCGCUAAACGGUAACUCUUAUGACGUUGGAAACGCCACAUCUGCAAUGGUGCUUGAACCCAACGCUGCCGGUAGCGAGACUACCGAAUGUGUGCCAGAAAGCCAAGUUCCUUCUAACGAUGCGCCUCUUCAGUCGUAUCAACUAAAUGCCGACGUGCAGGAGUUCCAACCUGCUGCACUGCCGGUAGCCAACUCACUUCCAAACGCCACCAAGAUUGGAGCCGUCUGUACCACGUCGAAUGACAAAGUGGAUCAUCACAGCACCAAGCCAGGCAACGCUCAACCAGUGGCGAGAAAUCGUCAUCCAGUAGCACCAAAAGCUUCAAAAUCUACGUCCAAAGUAGUAGUGGCCGUGCCUGCUGCUGCCCAAGCUGCCGUUACUUCAGAGUCAGCUACAGCACCAAACCCAUCUCCAGUGCCAGUUGGUGGAAAGCCAACGUCCAGCAAAGCUAACCGCAAGAAGGAUUUGAUCGAGUCGACGCUUGCCUUCGCCGCCCAGAACAUUGAUCUCACGCGCCCGAAAGCGGCUGCAUCGGUGUCGCACGAGAGCGACCUGUGCUGGACCACCAUCGAUCGGAAUGGCCGGAAGAAGCGUGUUGCAUCGGAGCUGCCGGAGCAGGAUGCGAUCACUGCGCCUGGAGCGGAGAAGGAAUCUGCUGCGGAAGAGCGCGCGAACACGAAACACACGAACGGCGCCACAGUGCAGCCAGUUGCACCGACACAAGCUGCGCCUACUACGGUAGAAUGUUCCACGGUGCCGGACGCGAACGGUAACCGGGAGCAGCCAACUAAGAGUAAGAAAAAGACACACAAGCACAAAAGACAGCAGCUCCGGAAGUCGGUGGGCAACUUCAGCAAGCAACCGCUGGAAGGAUUUCAGCUAAUCGAGCCGGAAUUUUCGUCCUCGGCGGCGGGACACCGCCGUGGACGAAGUGGUGAUAAGGCAGGACGUGCUGAGACGAUCACGCCGAAAGCUAGCAAUGAAGAGGUAACACAGAAUGUUGAAGUCAGCAAUGAGAAGCAGCCGUCCUCUCUGUCGGACGGCCCGGAGCAAGGUACGGCAUUAUUUGAGGGAGCUUGUCGCGUUGCUGAAGAGGUUGCAGAGGUUGCAACUACAGACGUGUAUUGUGAUAAGGAAAGCGAUGGUGUGCUAGCCGAAGUAUCGCCCACGGAAGAGAAUGUUGCGUUGGAAGUAGAGGAAGUAAUCGCUCAAAAAGUCAUCCCCUCGCUAGCCGUUGCUGUUGCGGUGGAGGAGAAAACUAAUCUAAACGAGACUGAGACUGAAAUGCACCACCAACAAACGAUGUCUGCGGACGUCGAGCAACUGGGAGCCAGGGAACAGGAGCCAGAAGUUGAAGUUAUCGCCGAAGGAGUGAUCGAGGAGAGCAAAAAUGACUCCAAAUCGGUUGCUCAGGAACCUGAAGUGGUGGAAGAGAUGUUGAAUCAUGUUGCCGAAGGAGAUGUUAAGAUUUUACAGGAGCCAACCGAGCUUGACAGCACACUUUGCGUAGAGGAACUCAUAGUUCCGAAUGAUCUCGAUGAGUCCAGCGCAGUUUUGUCCCACCCGGUCGAACAGCACCAAACAAUGGACGUCCAGCUGACGAUCGACACGCACGUGCUUACCAGUGCUGCCAAACAGCUGACGAUCAGUUCCGUCAGCAGCCCCAAAUUGCCCACACUCGAAGAGGACGAAACGGAGGAGCAAGCCGACGGGGCGGAUGAUGGCAUUGGAUCGGAGGGUGACGACGCGCGUCCCAAGCGUGGCAGCGUCUCCGGCGCUGGAUACACCGAAAGCAUCGACUCGGGUCUACAGAGCCCGGCGCCGUGCGGUGGAGUUGCCUCGCCCGAAACCUCCUCCAUGGUGAGCUCAAUCGAAAGUCAACCGGCCAGCGGUGAAUCGAGCCAGUCCGCUCUGACCCAGGUGGUAGGUUCGUGGCUGUUGCGAAAGCUGGAAGUGCACGAAACCGAGGAGUUGUUUGUACUGCCGAGCAAUCCGCUGCUGAUUCAGCGUCUCGAGCGGUUCCACCAGCUGCAGCGCCGCGAACGCCGCGAGCGACUUCGGGGAGCGAUCACGUCCGAGUCGGAGGAGGAUGAAGAUGAAGAGUACGAUCUCGAGGGAGAGGACACGGACAGUGAUUACAUGAGCGAUGGACAAGGAAGGCUAGAUCGUACACAGUCUGACGACGCCAACAGCUCCCAGCCGGGAUCGCCGCUUAACUCCACCCAGCAAGAAGGUGCUGACGCUGCGCCGAAAACUCUGCCCGAUGAUGCGGGAACACUGUUGGUCGGGCUGGAUGAAGGCAAGCGACAGGCGCCAGCCGUUCAUGCCAACGGGGAACACAAAUCCGCAGCAAUGGUGCAUCGGGCGGCCGACUCAAAGCGCUGCUCGAUCAUGUAGGGAUCGGCUUAACAUGACGCAGCCAGCCGCCGACACGCUCAUCAUCCUCACAUUAUACAUACACGUUACGCGCGAUGAUAACCUGAGCAGCCUGUCAUCCCCCACGAAACUCACACGUGACACACCGCUCAUUGCCUUUUUCCUUCAUGCUGAGAUAUUUCGUAAGAAGUUUUGAUCUAAGAUUUUCAUAAUCAUGCAAUUAGGUUGUUAAACACGGUACUAAUAGUAGGAGAAAGAAAAGGAAAGCAGCAGACACACAGCAGCACAUGAUCCUCAAAGGGGAAACAUGCACACGACAGUACACCGUCACCCACUGUCGACCGAGUGUGUGUGUGUGAGUGAGCUUUCCGAUACAACGAUAUCAAAUUGCGAAUCGCGAGACGGCGAUACGGUUAAUGUUAUUCGUAAAUUAGUAUACUAUGGCACUCGUACUAUAAUCGUACUCAACCCGCCCCUACAGCGUUCGUUCACCGUAGAGCUGCUAACUGUUAAUAAACAGAGCUUCACGAAAAGAAGAAGAAGAAGGUUAAAAAAAAAGAAAAGUAAAAUGCACUUCCGUUACGGGGAGGUGGGGGGUUAAAAAAGAAAGGAUCGUCGGAUGAGCGCUCUUCUUCUGGCGCUAACUCAUGCUGUUGUUGUUUUAUUCGCCGCAACAUACAAACUAAUCAAUUUUUAGAUUCUUUCUGCAUUCAUUAGACAGUUUUUCUUUGUUUUUUGUUUUGUUUUCUAGAAGAAGGAACACACCCAAUGCUCCCGCUCUCGCCUAAAAACACUCGAUUAAAGCGCAUUGUUUAAUGCACGUUGUUGAACGUAAUUCUUGCUAGAGGAUAUAUAACUAUUAAUAAUAACGAAUAAAUGAGUUGCAUGCCUGCAAAAGCAAGCAAUCUAAACGCUGCAGAUGUAACUGCAGUAGGAAAUAAAUUAAUAUAUAAAAAAAGCAGAAAAAAAAACAAACACAAAAUGCCACAAUAAAACUGAAUAAACAUUGAAAAAGAAA